CGUGCGCGCAGGGCUUGUGCCUUUGAGGCGCGCCUCAUGACUCCGGCCUUUCUCCUCGCCACCGCGCUGCGCCGCUGCCCGGCUGCCGCCCCCCCUGACGUUUGAGCUUGUCGCCAUCCCCAUCCCCGCACCGGAAACGGAAGCUUUGACGCCUCUCCUCUCCUCGCGAAGCCCAACAAAAACCACAGCCAAAAUCCACGGCCAGAAUCCAAACACUCGCCUCCCAGAACCCAGAUCACACCAAACCCUAGCGCCGCCUCCACCUCCUCCUCCCCCGAUGGCCGACGCCGCCCCACCCUCGCCCGCGAUCCUGCCGCCGUCCGGUUCAGCCCCGCUCCUUGCCCCCGCCGACGCCCCGACCCCCGAGGCCGCCGCCAGGACCCCCAACCUCCCCGACACCCCCGCCUCCGCGCCGGAUCCCGAGACCCCCUUCUCCGACGCCGCGACCCCCUCCGACGCCGACGCCUCCGCCCUCGCCCCGCCCGACGCGGCGGCCACGGACGACGCCCUCGACGACGACGGGAUCAACGACCCCUCGGGCGCCGCCAGGAAGCACAUGACGCUCGCCCCCCCAGCCCCGCCCAGCAAGAAGUCCAAGAAGAAGAGCAGCUGCGUCUGGACCAGGCCCACCUCCCGCAAGGGGAAGAAGAAGGCCAAGCAGCCCAGCCACGCCGCCUCCGGCGGCGCCGGCGCCAGCUCCAGCGGGGCCGGGGGCCGCCCCAGGCCCUCCUGCGGCGAGGACGAGUUCCUCCUCACCCCUGCGCCCCGCCUCGCCGCCGACCGCAACGACGACGGGCCCGACCUGCCCGUCCUCCUCUCGCGCGUCUACAGGUCCGAGAAGAUCGAGCUCUCCGAGGACCGCCUCACCGCCAGCGGCACCAAGGGCUACCGCAUGGUGCGUGCCACCCGCGGCGUCGCCUCCGGAGCCUGGUAUUUCGAGGUCAAGGUCCUGCGCAUCCCACCCAUGGGCGGCACCCGCCUUGGCUGGGCCACCAACAAGGCUGACAUCCAGACACCUGUCGGUGCUGACGGGUACGGUUUCAGUUACCGCAACGUCGAUGGCUCCAAGGUCACCAAGGCCUGGAGGGACGAUUUCGCUAAUGAAGCGUAUGGCGAAGGAGAUGUCCUGGGCUUCUACAUUUCUCUGCCUCAGGGGGAGCAGUAUGAGCCCAAGCAACCUCAACUGGUUAAGUAUAAGGGGAUGCCUUUCCAUGCACAACCUGCCAAAGAUGAGAAGAAGAUGGCCGAUCCGGUUCCUGGAAGUGAGAUAGUCUUCUUCAAGAAUGGGGUAUGCCAAGGCACCGCCUUUGAGGACAUUCCUGGAGGACGUUACUACCCAGCUGCAUCAAUGUACACAAUGCCUGGUGAGCCAAGUAGUGAGGUCAGGUUCAACUUUGGGCCUGAUUUCGUGCUCUUCCCUGAAGACUUUGCAGGCCGCCCUGUCCCUCGGCCAAUGAGUGAGGUGCCUUACCAGGCAUAUGAGCUGAAGAAUGAAGGACCUGCUGAAAAUGGUAAUGUGGAAAAGGCUGGUUAGUGUAGUUAUCGUGCUGUUUUCAUUAUUGCGUUGAACAUAUACCCCCUGGAGUCUGAGUAGCUAUUGUUGUUGUUACUAUGUCGAAGCUUAUUGAUGAACUUAUUUUAUAUCCUAGUUAAAAUUCAGCAAACAGGCUGAUGGCUGUCACUGGUUUCUUGAUUACCAUGAAGAAUUUUACUGAAUAUAUUUUACUGCUUCCUGGUUAAUUAGAAGCAGCAAUCA